AAUUCCUGUCAUGCGCAUACGGUUUGGACGAAGCGUCAAAAGUGGCUUCCGCCUUCACAAUUUCGCUGCACAAGUGUAUUCGAAAUCGGCUUUUGUCAAGAGUUGCAGUAGAAAAUUUGUAGUAUUUAUUCCAAGGAUUUAAGUGUUUUAAUAUAAUAAAUCAAAUAACAUGAGUUGGCAGGAUUACGUUGACAAACAACUCUUAGCUUCCAGAUGUGUGACCAAGGCGGCUAUCGCUGGGCACGAUGGAAAUGUCUGGGCAAAAUCUGACAACUUCGAUGUCUCAAAAGAAGAAUUAGCAAAGUUAGUUCAGAGUUUCGAAAAACAGGACAUCCUCACCUCUUCGGGGGUCACACUGGCCGGCAGCAGAUAUAUAUACCUCUCCGGUACGGACAAAGUAAUAAGAGCCAAAUUGGGGAAAGUCGGAGUCCACUGCAUGAAAACAACUCAAGCUGUGGUAGUUUCGUUAUAUGAAGAUCCCAUUCAGCCCCAACAAGCGGCGUCAGUCGUAGAAAAAUUAGGGGACUACCUAAUUACUUGUGGAUACUAAAGGUACUUCUGGCCGCUUCGAGCAGAGAUGACCUGCGUGACAAAAGUUGAGAAAAGUAAUUUUUUUAAGUGAAAUCAGCAUUAGUUUAUGUUAAUUGACAUACAUAUUCGUGCUGAUAUUUCGUUUUUUUUUUGUAUUAAAUUUCGAACAAACAAAAAAAAUUGUACUAAUUUUAAAAACGGUCACACGGCAUAGUAUAAGAAAAUAAGUAUAAUUUUUUUAUGCUAGGACUGUGUAUAUUUUGCCAAUAUUCUACUUUAAAGUGGCUUUUAUUAUUAUUAUUUUUAUUAAAUUGUAAGGCGCGCGUUUUAAGUUUAAAUAAUAUAAAUACUAUAUUUUUUAACUCUCAUCAUGCCUCUUUCCAUAUGAGUUUUAAAAGAGAAUAAAAUCAACCCAUAAUAAAAAGCUUUUUCAUAUUGUGCAAGCUAUCUAUUUGAUACUGAAUUACUGUUAGAAUUUUUUUAAUUAAAAAAAAAAGUCUAGUCCAACUUCUAAUAAUUUUCCUCCCAAUUCGUAUUAAGCUGAAAAAUACUACUGUACCGUCAACUGAGAUUCGAUAAAAGAACCUGCACAAAAAAAAAUAAAUAAUGAGUAUCUUUAUUUGUAAAAUUGAUUAAAUAAAGAGGUGGACAUAAAAUGUUCGUUUUUAUUUUGCUUAUACAGGUUUGUGGUUGGUGUAAAUUUGUCAGGUGAGAUGAAACGAUGGUUUCGCGAUUUCGAUAGUGCCAAUAUUUCUUUUUAAUUGUGUGAGGGAGUCAGCUUGUGACAGUUUACACCAAUGUAAUAGUCGUAACCUACUAAAUUGAUGUAGCCAAAAAUAACGUCAUAAAAUUGUUGCAUGCUGCCUAUUCAUAUAAUGUAUAAUAAUUACGACGAUAAAUGCUCAGAAUAUUUAAGUCAUAUUAUUUUUUAUUAAUUUGAAAUAUGUAGCUUUGUAAAACUUUUCGUAUAAUUUGCAAAGGACUUUGUGUAUUUAAAAUAUCGUAAUAAAUUUGUAUUAUAACA